GCGCAUGCCUAUUGCGCAUUGGAAGCCAUGUUGAAGUUUCAGUGGAGGCUGGCUUUGAUUUUCUGACGUUGUAUGUUUUUAGGUUUGUUUGUUUUGUUCAAUUUUUAGUAUUGGUGUAGUUCAAUAACACUAUUCGGAUCCAUACACCGGAGUUCUGAAGAUGAAUUCCAGUGUCGACCUAUCCAGGCGCAAUCCGCAGGAGGAUUUCGAGCUGAUACAGCGGAUAGGAAGCGGCACAUACGGAGAUGUCUACAAGGCCCGUAAUGUCAACACUGGUGAACUGGCUGCCAUUAAAGUCAUUAAGCUGGAACCUGGUGAGGACUUUGAGGUGGUGCAGCAAGAGAUCAUCAUGAUGAAGGACUGUAAACACUCCAACAUUGUUGCCUACUUUGGCAGCUACCUCAGGAGAGAUAAAUUAUGGAUAAGCAUGGAGUACUGCGGAGGAGGAUCUCUGCAGGAUAUUUAUCACGUGACGGGGCCCCUGUCCGAGUCUCAGAUUGCGUAUAUGUCACGGGAGACCCUCCAGGGUUUGUACUAUCUCCACAACAAAGGCAAAAUGCACAGAGACAUUAAGGGAGCAAAUAUUCUACUGACAGAGAACGGCUAUGUGAAAUUAGCUGACUUUGGAGUAUCAGCACAGAUUACUGCCACGCUGGCCAAGAGGAAGUCUUUCAUUGGGACACCAUACUGGAUGGCUCCAGAGGUGGCAGCGGUGGAGAGGAAAGGGGGAUACAACCAGCUGUGUGAUAUCUGGGCUGUGGGCAUUACCGCUAUUGAGCUCGCCGAGCUGCAGCCUCCCAUGUUCGACCUGCACCCCAUGAGGGCCCUUUUCUUGAUGACGAAGAGUAAUUUCCAGCCUCCAAAACUGAAAGACAAAGUGAAGUGGGGAAACAAUUUCCAUCAUUUUGUGAAACUGUCCCUGACGAAGAACCCCAAGAAGAGGCCGACCGCGGAGAAACUUUUACAGCACCCGUUUGUGUCGCAGCCUCUCAGUCGAACACUGGCCAUCGAGCUGCUGGACAAAGCCAGCAACCCGGACCACAGCACCUACAAUGACUUUGACGACGAUGACCCUGAGCCAGAGUCUCCUGUGUCUGUUCCCCAUCGGAUUCGCUCCACCAGCAGGAGCACCAGGGAGGGGAAGACGCUGUCUGAGAUCAACUUUGGCCAGGUGAAGUUUGACCCUCCGUUGAGGAAGGAGACGGAGCCCCAUCAUGAGCCGGCCGACUCUGACCCUUUUUUGGACUGUGCAGAAGAGCUGUACUUCACUGCGAGAUCUAAUCUGGACCUUCGACUGGAGUAUGGCCCAGAAUCACCAAACCUAAUGGGAAGAAACAAGAGUCUUCUCAAAUCAGUGGAAGAGGAGCUUAAGCAGAGGGGUCAUAUGGCACAUUUAGAGACUGAUGAGGAUGAGGAUGAUGAUGGUGAUGAAACUCAACACAAGCACAGCACCAUCAUGAGGCCAAAGGUCCCACCCCCACUGCCCCCCAAGCCCAAGUCCAUAUGUCUGCCCCAGGAGAGCCAGUCCCAGGGCGAAGAUGAUGGAGGGGGGACCAUCAAACGCUGCCCUGUGCCCGAGAGCCCUGCCCGACCCGCCUCCACAAACGUACCCCCCCGCCCUCCGCCCCCACGCCUGCCCCCACACAGGCGCAGUAGCCUAGGUAACGAGGGCGCACAGAGCCAGGCUGGCUCGGAGCCUGAGGGGAAUGAUGAUGGGAGCUUUAGGCAUUUCUGGGAGUGGCUUCACGCCCCGCACACGGAAGAAGAGUUGGAGGAGGUGUUGGAUGUGUUGGAAGAGGAGGAGGAGGAGGAUGAUGAUGAGGAGGAAGAGAGGAAUGGACUGAGCUGUCACCAGAAUGGAGAGAGAGACAGUGCUGCAGAGAGGCAGUCCACCAUGCCCCCGAGUGUCCCUGUACGGAAAGACAAGAAGGACAUUCCGAAGCCCAUCAGUAACGGCUUGCCACCCACACCUAAGGUCCAUAUGGGGGCCUGCUUCUCCAAGGUGUUUAAUGGCUGCCCAUUAAAAAUCCACUGUGCCACGUCCUGGAUCAACCCAGACACCAGAGACCAAUAUUUGAUAUUUGGCGCCGAGGAAGGGAUCUAUACUUUAAACCUGAACGAACUGCAUGAGACUUCAAUGGAGCAGCUCUUUCCCAGACGGUGCACUUGGCUCUAUGUCAUGAACAACUGCCUGCUCUCAAUAUCUGGAAAAGCCUCCCAGCUCUACUCUCAUAAUUUAGCUGGUCUGUUUGAGCAUGCCCGGCAAAUGCAGAAAUUGCCAAUGGCCAUUCCCACACACAAACUCCCAGACAAAAUGAUUCCUAGGAAGUUUGCCGUAUCUAACAAGAUUCCCGACACAAAAGGGUGCCAAAAGUGCUGCGUAGUAAGGAACCCGUACACGGGUCAUAAGUACCUGUGCGGCGCGUUCCAGUCCAGCGUGGUUCUGCUGGAGUGGGUGGAGUCCAUGCAGAAGUUCAUGCUUAUCAAGAACAUCGACUUCCCCCUGCCCUGUCCUCUGGAGGUGUUUGAGAUGCUGGUGGUGCCGGAGCAGCAGUACCCUCUCAUCUGUGUUGCCGUCAGCAAGGGCACCGAGCUCAGCCAGGUGGUCCGCUUCGGCACGGUCAAUCCCAACUCCACCUCCUCCUGGUUCACAGAGGCCGAUACGCCCCAGACGUGUGUGAUCCACAUCACCCAGUUGGAGAGGGACACCAUCUUGGUUUGUCUUGACAGGUGCAUAAAGAUAGUAAACCUACAAGGAAGGUUGAAGUCAAGCAGAAAGUUGUCUGCUGAGCUGACAUUUAACUUCCAGAUCGAGGCGAUAGUGUGUCUCCAAGAUAGUGUUCUGGCAUUUUGGAGGCACGGUAUGCAAGGACGAAGUUUCAAAACCAACGAGAUCACACAGGAGAUCUCAGAUAACACACGAAUCUUCAGACUGCUGGGAUCUGACAGAAACUCUCAGCGCGACAGUUCAGGGCAGGAGGGAGCCGCCAGUCUGCCCAGAGUGGUGGUGUUGGAGAGCCGGCCGACAGACAACCCCACAGCAGCCAGCAACUUAUACAUCCUGGCUGGACAUGAGAACAGCUACUGAUCCCCACACAUGUAUCUUGGGAACACAAUUUGUCAGAUCAUGACUGACAGACGGACUGAGACAGACGGACCGAGAGUGGUGGACCGAGACAGACACUACUACGUUAGAUUCACAGAAGACCGAUCCUUUGAAGGGGGUCCGCUUCCAACUUGCCUUUUACUUCCUCUUAACUUUUAUUUAUUGUGGCAUGUAACAAAGACCCGAUUGACUUUUAUAUUUCAUUUUAUCUUAAAAAGUGUUGCCACUACUGCUAGCAUCUUAGCCCACACCACACAAGUGCUUAAUUGACCUCUAUUUAAUUGUUGUACAUAUAAAUGUAGUAUUUUUUUUGCGGAAAGGGACCCUGGCUACUCCAGGGUUGUACACUAAAGACUGGUGGUGUAGAUAUAUGUGCAUAGGUAAUGUACAGGUAUGGAGACUGUAAAGAUUUAAAGGGUAGUGUGGGGAGGCGCGGGAGGGACAGUUUGAGCACUAAAAAUGACUUUCCAUUCUCUGAUCAUGUGACAAGGGCCAGGAUUCUAACCCUUCUCUUUAAAGUCCAUUGAUAAUGUCAUUCUGAACACAUCAUCAGCCAAAUGUGGAUACUCCCUUUAUAGUUCGCUUUGAGAAAUGUCUAAUGGGAGAUCUGUCAUCCUUAGCUUCCAUUUCUAACUCUAUGAGAUGAACAUUUAUUUCAGACUGUUUUAAAUUGCAGAUUUACUUACAAUUAGUUGUAUGCCUUUUUUUUUUUUUUUUUUACUGUGGAAUUGCUGGUAUUAAAAUGUACACAAAAAGGUAUUAGAGAAAAAAAAAAAGUGACGUAUGUAAACUUUUAACUUAUGUUCUCACAAGCUGUGACGCAGGGUUUGCAUUAGAUUAGUAUAAUUAUUCUAGGACACUUAUUGAACGUUACUGAAAUACUGUACUGAGAUUGGUGGGGUUGAACUGUCCAAGGUCAAACACUAAAACAGGCUUCAGCAGUACUGUUGUUUUAAGCACCACAGUUUCAUUGUGUUGUAAUGUCAGUACUGAUCAUGAUACACUAUCGUCAAAUCUAGAGAACAAAACACAUUCCUUACUGUAUGGCUUAGUGAUGAUGUAAAAAGAGUAUACAUAUGAAGUAUAUAUAAAUAUAUAUAUUGUUAUUAAUAUAUGUAUGAAUAUAUAUGUACAGUGUUCUCCACAAUUAUUUGCACCCUUUGUAUAUAUUUGCAAAAAAUGCUAAAAAUUGUUUAUCAGUGUGAUCUUAUUUUCCAAAUGAGUUAAAUCUAACCUGUUAAAAGAAAAAAAUUGUUCUUUUAUUAGCACUUUUUAUAAUUAUGUGCACCCCCUAGAUAUUCUUACGAACCAAUUAUAAUAGACAUAUAUUUUUCCAUCAAUAUAUAUAUUUGUAUAUUUUUGCAGAGUUCAUCCAUGUCAUUAGAAACUCUUAAAUGGUCAUCCAUGACUUCCUGUUUUACUGAUAAACAUUAGGUGAAAAACAUGCACCCUUCCCUAUUCUUCUGUCAACAUGGGGUAAGUCAGAAAAAACGCACAUUAAAUAUGACAGAAGGUUGUUGACCUUCAUAAAUUAGACAGUGGCUAUAAAAGAUACAUGAAAAUACCCAUAUCCUCUAUUAUGGCAAUAAUAAUAAAAAAUGUACAAGAGCUGUGAUGAACCUGCCUGGCAGAGCAUACUUGUGUAUUGUCCAUCCACCCAUAGUGAGAAGGAUGUUCAAGAGGUAAGAAAAAUAAAUCCAAGGAUUGUAGUCGUUUAAGUAUUUAUAAGAAUGAAGGCAUUCUUCAGGCAACACGUCCAAAUAGCUUAUAGCUUUGGAGAAAUGGUGCCCCCACCAAAGUCUACAAAAUGUCUCACCUCAUUGUCAUAUCCUGGUGAAAUAGAGUUUCUAAUGACAAAAAUUAACUUGAAAUAUAUACAAAUAAUAUCUCCUAGUGGUGCCAAUAAUUAAGAUUUGUUUUGUUACAUUAAAGGUUAUUUUACUAUUAAAGGUUGGAUUUCUAGAUUAUUUUGAUUGAGCAGAAACACAGCAAUGACAUUUUUUAUAGCCUUUUUUGUUUCUUUACCGAGGGUGCCAAAAGGUCUGGGGACACUGUAUAUGAAUGACAUUUAAUUUAAUAUAAUGCCAAAAUGUGUUCACAAUGUCUGGCCAAAAUACAUAGGGUGUCUCUACCUCGUGCAAGUUUAGAAAAAGUAAACAAGUUGUGUAAAAGGAAAAACACUACAAGAUUCAUGUGGUUUUAAUUUACAUAGUACAAAUGUGUAAUGAAACCAGCUCUCAUCCUUUCUACUGCAUUACCAUUUUCAUUUUGCAAAACAUUUUAUUAUAUGUAUAUAGUGUAAAAUAAAAUCAGUUGGUUUUACA